AUGGGUGGUCCUACAGGCGGUAAAGCAUACAUGGGAUGGUGGGGUCAUAUGGGCUCUCCUCCACAGAAGGGUAUAACUUCAUACAGUGUAUCACCGUAUGCUCAAAAACCUUUAGCUGGAAUCUUCCAUAACGCAUAUUAUAACACUUUCAGAAGGUUUAAAUCUCAAGCUCUGUAUGUUUUGAUUCCUGCCGGUAUUUAUUGGUAUUGGUGGACAAAUGGUAGAGAAUAUAACGAAUUCUUAUAUACAAAAGCUGGUAGAGAAGAAUUGGAAAGAGUUAAUGUUUGA